AUGUCAGUGUCAAUUAUUAUCAAUUCAAUAUCAGGGAACAAAAUAUUGAUAUUUUCCUCUUAUUCUAAUCUUGAUAUGUAUUUUUAAAUAUUUUUAGACAAAGAUUUAUAUGCAAUGUCCGAACCAAAUGAACCAGUACCUGGAUUAAAACAGAAAAAGGUGUUUAAAAUUAUUGUUCUUGGAGAUUCUGGAGUGGGUAAAACAUGCCUCACUUAUCGCUUUUGUGAAGGUCAGUUUCUGGAUAAAUCUGAGGCUACUAUCGGGGUCGAUUUCAGAGAAAGAACCGUACGCAUACGCAAUGAAGAUAUAAAGUUGCAGUUAUGGGAUACCGCAGGUCAAGAAAGGUUCCGGAAGUCCAUGGUGCAGCACUACUACAGGAAUGUGCAUGCUGUUGUAAUAGUUUAUGAUGUCACAAAACCAGAAACAUUUCAUUCCAUAGCAAACUGGAUGCAGGAAGUGGAGUCGCACGGGCUGACGGGCGCGCCGCGCGUACUGGUCGGCAACAAGUGCGACUGCGGGACGCCCGAGUCGCGGCUGGCCACCACCUACGCCCAACGUCUCGCUGACAAGCAUGGCAUGCCGUUGUUCGAAACAUCAGCUCUUUUGGACUCCGAGUGUGAUAAUGUGGAAUCUAUAUUCAUGACAUUGGCUCACAAGCUGUAUUCAAAGCAGCCGUUGCGCGUCCUCAGUGUUGAGGGUGAACGUGGUCCCAGACUUGUGACAUUAUCGAGGCAGAAGCGAAACAACUCGAGUAAUGAUAGUUGCCUCUGCAGCUAGAGGGACGAACAGUGCGGGCCAAUCGCGCAUGUGCAAACUAAAUAUAUAUAUGAAACAUAUAAAUUAAAAUUUACUGUCUUCGAUCGGGAUAAAAAUUUUAUUCAUGGAUUUUAGG